UCCGACUGCCAAUCAGAAAUCUGUAGAUUACGGCCAUCUGACAGCGGUACUGCAGGGAAGCUGACAGGAGCCUCUCCCGCUCAACAAAUAUUCACCUAAAAAUCUUCAUCAUGGAACUUUCUUUCUGUUAUUUGUUUUAUUCAACACGUUUAUGACGGCGGGAUUGAAUGCAGAUGACUGACCGAUGAGAUUAUCUCUUAUAAGAUCUCACAAAAGACUGCAGCUUAAUUAAUCCUCACCAUGGCGACGGUUGUGAUGGAGCAGAUUGGGCGGCUGUUCAUCAACGCACAGCAGCUUCGCCAGAUCCCUCGUUUCCUGGAGUCAGCCUUCCCAAAACUGCCCUGUACUGUGAUGGUGAGCGACGUGCCAUGGGUUUUCCGUGAGUCACACAUAAUCACGGGCUACAGGCCGCCUGACCAGAACUGGCGCUACUACUUCCUUACUUUGUUCCAGAGGCAUAACGAAUCUGUAAAUGUGUGGACACACCUUCUGGCCUCCCUCAUUAUUUUAGUCAAGUUUCAGGAGCUGUCUGAAACCGUAGACUUCCUGCGAGAUCCGCACGCCCAACCGAUGUUCAUCUUACUCCUGGCCGCAUUCACCUACUUGGGGUGCAGUGCAUUGGCACAUCUUCUCUCGGCCAAGUCUGAGAUCUCCCACUACACCUUUUAUUUUUUGGACUACGUAGGUGUAGCUGUAUACCAAUAUGGUAGUGCCCUCGCCCACUUCUAUUAUGUGGUGGAAGAAGAAUGGCACGCUCAAGUGCGAACUUUUUUCUUGCCAGCCUCAGCCUUCUUGGCCUGGCUGUCCUGUACGGGCUGCUGCUAUGGCAAGUACGCCAGCCCAAAAUUGCCAAAGUUUGUUCACAAGCUAUUUCAAGUUGUGCCCUCGGGCCUGGCCUACUGUUUAGACAUCAGUCCGGUGUUGCAUCGCAUCUAUAGAUGCUACAGCUCUGAACAUUGGUGUGCCGACCAGGCAGUGGUCUACCACUGCUACCAAGUCCUCUUCUUUUUAAUCAGCGCCUACUUCUUCUCGUACCCCCAUCCCGAGCGCUGGUUCCCAGGACGUUGCGACUUCAUCGGGCAGGGCCAUCAGAUCUUCCAUGUGUUCCUUGUGCUCUGCACUCUAGUGCAGAUCGAAGCUGUUCGACUGGAUUACACAGAGAGAAGACGUCUCUACGAACAUCUCCAUGGUGAUUUGGCUCAUGAUGCAGUGGCUCUUUUUAUCUUCACAGCGUGUUGCAGCGCACUCACCGCGUUCUACGUGCGCAAACGGGUGAAGACGUAUCUAGAAGAGAAGCAGGAGUAGAUGUCGUGGUAGGGACCUUGCUUGCACAUGCAGGAAGGAUCGUGCUGGUCUACAAGAACUGAAACAACUAACAUUUUUUCGUGUAUCUUAUAUUUGUUGUUAAUGGUUUGGUUAUGUGGCCUGCCAACACGUUUUUUAACCAACUGCUUUCUGUUGACCAAACUGGUGACAUGCUUUAAAACCUCAUUACAGUUUGAGAAUGGUUCGAAAACAAUGGAUUGCCUGCUGAAAGGUGCUCAGAUCUGUUAGCUGAUCUGUUUGAUGAGUGCCAUGACAACCUUUUAAACCUGGUAUACAAGAUAGUUAGGUCGACCAUUACUGGAUUCAAACUCAUUUUAAUGCAAUGUGCUGCUUUUAAGUAUAUGUUACUCACAUGUCUUUUUCACUUACAUUGCAUUCAAAUCACACAUAUUUUUAUUGCGUUCCAUGGGAAUUGAAUUUACAGUAAGACUAAUGCACAGAGAACAUUAUCGUGCUAGUAAUUAAAUCCCAUGCCAUCAGACCAGAGCAGCAUAGCUCAGAUCACAUGAUUUGGAUGUCAGUUAAAUAUUGGAAGCUUUGUUUUAAACAACAGCCUACUGAAGAUGAUUGGUUAAUCUUUUUUUUCUUAAAUAUUCAAAUCUAAUGUCCCCUACUCUAUUGACUUUUAAAUCAAUCUUUGGUUUUGGCUUCACAUACUUUAACAGACCAAAUGAAAAUCAAUAUCUAAAAGAUUUCAGACUUGCCUUAGCAUGUCCAACCCGUCCAGUGCCACGUUGAGGUUCGUGUAUGAUUAUCUGCGAAUGCAAUCGAUUGGUUUUGCACUGCCAGUGCACACUUUCCUGCCUUUUGAUGUCUAGUCUGUGAGAUGGAUAGUAUGAUGUAAUUUCACAGAAUUGCAAAGGCCAAUCCCAAAUUGCACCUCAAAGCGGUCUCUGCAGAAGUGUGCAUUGACAGAGCACUUAAGGCAAAGGGAGCCCUCAUGACCACUCUUCUGAAAGAGGAAAUGAUGGAUAGCUACUGUAUAUGACGGGUGUCCAGUCUUGCUUUUUGAAAGCCAACAUCCUGCACACUUGCCUAGAGGUUUUUAGUAAAGACCUUGAUUAGCCAUGAGCUAAAGUCUGCAAGACAGAGAUUCUGUAGCAUGUUUGGACACCCCUGCUUUUUGGUAUUUUAUGGACACCUGCUCAUAGUGGCUUCUGUGUGUCUGUAGACAUUUAAGUUUGCAUGAAGUGUGCCAUUUGGGAUUGGGCUCCUGUCAUUUAGUUCCAGUGAAGAGGAUUGUAGCAGGAUGUGAUGUCACUGGUUUGCAGUAUAGUCUAAUUAAAGGAUCUGAGAUGCAACUCUGGCUAUUUAUUAAUUUGAUACAACAUUUAAUGAUUCUGAAUUGUUAGAAAUUUGCUCAAUGUUGCUUUUCGGGGAAAUUUUGCAUAUUGUUGACAUUUUUAAGGGACUGUUCACCCAAAAAUGAAAGUUAAUUAUUUACUCAUCUUACCUCUGUGAUAUUUUGCAGAAUUCUUCAACAAGUUUUCCAUACAGUGAAAGUCAGUGGGUUCCAACAUAUUAUUGCAUUCCAGUGACUUUAAUUGUGUGGAUUAUUCUUUUUCUUCUUCUGUAAACAAAGACAGAAGGGUCAAUUUUGGGUGAACUAUUCCAGCCAAAGAGGCUUUUGAGAAGAAUUGACUUGCUUCUUCAUAGUUAUGAUGUCCUUUUGUCACGAUGAUGCUCCUUUUGUAUACAAGGGCUAUGACUAUGGCCUUUACCUUUACUCAUACCCUGAUACGAAUGCCUUUGUGUGUUCUGUGCAUAUGUGAAUUUUUUCUAUUAGAAGUUCAGCACUUUAUUUACAACAACAGUCUGAGCAACAAAACUAAUCUGUGUUAAAUGUAUACUCUUACGUGCCUGACUACAUGCAUGCGUCCCUGUGUGAGUAUGCGAACAGGUGCUUGUGGUGAGUGUGUGUGUGCAUUUUUGAAUGUUUAUGUAUACCUAUGUGAGAUGGCUACUGAUGAGAAAGGAUAUGAAGGCUUCGUCUUAAUAGUCUGAACCUGUCUGGCCUUUUAAUGACCAUGAAAUGCAUUCAGCUCUUGUAUCAUGAAUUGUGUAGCUCCUCAGUCUUUGCCCAUAAACCGACACCGAUCCAUCAGAUAGAAAGAGGAAGGAUGAUUUAUUUUCCCAUUGAAGUGAUCCAUAUUCCCUUGAGAUGAAUAUUGUUUCACUAGACUGUUGCUGCAUUAACCAGGAAAGGGUCUGUGCGAUGUAGCGUAAAGGCUGGUUUAUGAUUCGGUUCCAGAAAAAGAAAUUGUUGCUGUGGCAUGAGCCGUUUGAGAAGUAGCAAAUAAGCGAUGUCAUAAUAAACGGUGACCAGCAUUUGUUUUUUUUGCAACCAAGAACACAUGGGGAAGAACAGGGGGUCAUUCACACAGUGGAUGUUUUUGCAAAAAUUUCAAACUUAAAGUGAGUUGAUUAUGGAGUCAUUUAUUAAUUGGUUUGAUGAAGCGUCAAAGUCAAUGGUAAAAGACAUUGAUCAAGGCCAUGAUUACAUUGAAAGCAAUGCAAAAGCAGUGUGGUUGAAUGAUAAAAUGCAAGUCGCAGGAUAGCUAGAGACAAGUUCUUAAAUUUUGAGAUCGAGAGUCGCAAAAGAAACGGAGAUAUAGAACAAGAUUACUGAAGACGACUUCACAAAUGUGUGUUUGAAAGUGACUGGAUAUUAGCUUAUCACAACUAUGUUAACAGAAUAUUUGUUGUAACAAUUAUUAUUGUUUUAACCCAUUUGAUGCGCACAAUCACACGGGUGUGAUCAGAAUGCUCAGUACGUCAGCUAAACUCAAAUCUGCUUUCUUGUGAUUGCUCGCACUGCGCCAGAAAAAAAGUAAUAUAACACAAUUUAGCAGUGUUUUCAAACAAAUAAUGUUUAUUUUAGGUUUUUAGACAUUUACAUACACACAAGUACUUGCAAAACAUAACAUUUAUGGUUUGUUAUACACACACUGAUCUCCGUAGACAUUAGUGUAUAUAUUACAAACCAUAACACUUAUGGUAAUGUACAAACUGAUGUCUAUGAAGAUGACAAUAACAAUUAUUUUUAAACAUUAUCAGACAAUGUGCUUUAUUCAGAUGAGAUACGCAUUGUUUAGAUAGGUAGAAUGUUUAUUCUGUUCUUCUCCCAGUUAAACAGUCACAAACUUCUAUGUAUUUGGUAAAAUGUUGAUAAAUUAUCAUGUUGUAAAUCCUGCAGCUCUAAUCUCUCAAGUGAAGUGCAGAAAAGGGAAAUAAAAACUAUCUAUACAUAAAACAUCGGGCUGCAGUGUGUUGUGAUAAACUUUACACAUCACCAUGGAAACUUUAAAGUGACAUGUUUUUAAAAACAGUCACAUUAAAAUGGGAAUGCUGAGGGGUCAGCUGGAUUUUGUAAAACUAAUGUGCGAAAGGGUUUAUCUCAUAAACUGAUCGGAGAUGUGUUGUACUAGUAAUCUCACGGAAUGUGGUAUAUCUUGACACAUUUUUGACAGAUCUAGAUUAAAAAGAGCAACAAAAAAGAGUUAGCAAAAAAAAACAUUAAACUGAAAUGCUUCAUCUUUAAAAUAAGCAAAUAAUAUACUACUGCAACCAGUGCCAGCAACUUAAUUAUCUAUAUAAACUAAAUCACUAAGCCCCAAACAUACUUAGAAGAAAAAAUUCACCCAAAACAAAAAAAUUCUGCCAUCAUUUAUCAUUUAACUUGUUACAAACCUGUUUUAGUUUUGUUCUUCAGUUGAACACAAAAGAAGCCGUCAGCCAUACACCUGAGAAAAAAAAUUCUGGGGUUGAAUGGGUUGAAUUUAAACAAACAAAUUGAAUGUAGCAAUGUUCAUCUUUGUUUGUUUAAAUUCAGUCCAAAUAAACUGUUUACAACCGAUUACCUUAACAUUUUUUUAGUAAAUGCUAGGAAUCAUCUUUGAAUAUUUUUUUUUUCAGUGUAGACUUCCAUAUUGUUUUCUCCUACAAAACAAUAACCAAACACAAUGCAUCUGUUACCAGCAAUUUAGUUUAAAUAAUCAACAAUAAGCAUUCUCCAGUCACUUAAAUAUGACUUUGACCAAAAAUAAAAGCUUCCAGCCCUUUAUUAUGGUCAAUCAUUGCAACUUCAGGAGCUAGUCGCGUUCACAAACAAAACUAAAAUGUGGAGGAUUCACUUCCAUAUUGAAAUACAGCUGUCACUCCUGAAUUCUAACAUUGUGUAAAAGUGAAACCAGGAGACAAUAGCCCCUUUCACACAUACAGACCUUUCUGGAAAAUUACAGGCAAUUGUUCUGGAAUGGGAUCAUGUGUGAUGUGGAAUCAUCAUGUGGAAUCAUCCCCCUUUUUGAAAAUACCGGUUAAUUUGGUGUAACAUUAGCAGUAAUUUGCCAGAAUGCUGCGCUGUGUGAACGGAGAAGGAAAAUUGCCAGAAAGAGCGCGUUCAGGUCUAGAAUUAGCUGACUUAAGACUUCUUCUCCAGCCAGUCAGAACACUCAGACGCAUUCACAUUUGCGCUGUUUACAAAAAAAAGCCUUUGAAUAUUUUCCAGGCACAUUUAGCUGCUAGAUGUAAGUCAGAUAAAGUUUCUAAGUUCCUUCCUAAUGCAACUAAAAAUUAUCGAUAAACUUUUUAUGAUUAACUGCUGUUUGUUCUACCCUCAAGCUCUGCUUCUGUUGCUGCAGUUCACGUGAAGCAGUCGGUGAGCGCCAGCACACAUACAUAUUAUGUACCAUCAACCGUCAACAAAAGCCAGACUCCUUCUGUGUUUACAAAUACAAGCGCAGCCAUUUAGAGGUCUUUUUUGGUCAAUGUUUGCAAGAUUAACCAGUAUUUUGGAAUGGAUUCGUGAACAGUCUUUUCUAGAAAAAUUCGGGAACGUUCUUGCCUAUGUAAACAGCGCUUUUUUGAAUGUACCGGUAAAGUCGUUCCGGUAAUUUUACGGGAUCACUUUGUGAAAAGGGAUAAUGUCUAGUGGAGGUUUGUAUCGAAUAAUAACAGAAUAGUAUGGCAGUGGAAUGCAAAAACAUACCCUGUGUGAACAGCCCCCUUUAAGCCAGUUUCAGCAGCACCAGCAGACAACAGUCACAGACUGAUGAUGUCAUCGUACACUGAAACUGGCAAAGCGACUGACGUGCUGUCAGUUGGAUCAUAAUGAUGAUUAACAAGGCAAAUGUCUCAGAAAAUGAUCGCACGGUGGGUGCUUUAUUAAAUGAAAGACCAUAAUGAUGUAAUUAAGAUAUUGUUGUAUAUUAUUAAUGAUUUAGUAUUAACCGAAAAUGUUGUUUUUACUGCUGUACCAGCCUGUGUAUAAGAAAUAAGCGGACCACGGAGCACAUAGUAGAGUGAGUGGGGGGAGCUGAAGUCAAUGAGAAAGACAACUAGAUGAUGUCUUAUCCUGUCACAACCAGGGUUUGAUCUAAAAUCUCACAAAUGUCGCAAAGUAGAUUUUUAAGGAACUCUGUAUGAUUUUUGCUAAAAUGUGAAGGGUCUUUCUUAAACUAUGUACUAAUCUACUCACCUCAAAAGCACUUACAAAAUCUAAAACGAUGUUUCUUUUUUAAACACGAGUUUGUUUUAGCUGUCGUGUUUCUUUUGUAUUGCACUUAAAGAGGAAGGACUGCACAGAAAGCUCUUGAUUUGGUUCAGCACUUGAACUCAGAUUUUGACUGUAUUUGCACGGAGCUGAACUAACACUCAUGUUGUGCUGCAGUGCAGAACGUGAAAAUAAAACCUGGUGUUAACCUCAACUUUACCAUUGUGUGUGGAAAUGACUGUGUUGAUGUACUAUGGUAUUUAAAUGAAUAAAACAACUGUAAGUCUCACCUUCC